AUUUUACAAGAAAUUUUUGGAGUAGUGCCUUUUUGAUAGGCGUACGAUAAUUCUUUCAUCGGUACGAUAAUUUUGACACUCAAAUACGAUAAUUCUCUUUCGCUCACCUGGCAACACUGAGUCAGUAAUACAAUUAUAGUAAUAUAGUAAAAUCGGCGCAAUUUCUCUAAAUCAGCUAAAUAUCCCUUCUUUUCCAAUAUUUUUCUUAUAUAAACGCAUAAUUCACAUUUAAUUAACAACCAUCUGCAGCCAACUUUAAACAUGCAAGACGAGGUCACAGGUAUAUCGCGGAGCGGGCGUGUGCGGAAGAAGAGCUCCAAGCUCAUGGACUUCGAGUCUCCAGACGAUAUUGAAACUCGGUUCCGGCGGCAGACGCCUGUAAAGUCGUAUUCGACGUUCAGGCAGGAGGAGCAGCCGGAGUUCAGAGAGGCCCCGCAGCCGAUGGAUGAUGGCCCGGCGUCGGGCAGCGAUUCGGAUUAUUAUGACAAUAAUGGGGAGAAUGCUGAAAGUAUGGAGUCAGACAGCUCCGCCUCAGACGAGGGCUCGGCCCGCACACCAGCCAACUCGCUCUACAUGAUGGAGAAGAGCAAGAAGAAACUUAUCGUUAAGGACGGCAAGGUCAUCGGACGUGCCAAGGCUCAGCGGAAGGAUAAAGGCAAGACGCGUAUCACUGCAUAUAUGUUGUGGGCCAAAGAGGCGCGCAACGAACUGUUGCGUAGCCAUCCUGAUAUGGACUUUAGCGCCAUUUCCAAGCGGCUUGGAGAAAUGUGGGCUAAUGUGAACUAUAAUGAGCGCUACCUGUGGAAACGCAAGGCGAAGCGGUUAGCUAUGCAGAAGGGACAGAGCCUUCACUCGGGAGUCAGCAGGAUAAUAUCCAACCCCAGUCCCCGCGCGGCGGGCGGCGCGGGCCCGGGCCGGCCGCCGCUGCGCCGCGCCGCGCCCGAGCCGCCGCCGCCCAGCACACAGAUCGUCCCGCACGUGUCAGGGGCAGCAGCAGGCGGCGGCGCCGGCGUGUACCGCGUGACCGGCGUGGGCGCCGUGGAGGUGGCCGCGCACCUGCGCCUGCUGGGCGAGAGCCUGGCCAUCAUCGGCGAGCGGCUCAAGGAGCACGAGGGCCAAAUCGCAGUGUCCGGCUCGGUGUCAGUGCUCCUGGACACGCUGCUGUGCGCGCUGGCGCCGCUGCUGGGCGUGUGCCGCGCCGUGCCGCAGCUGGCGCCGCCGCCCGCGCUGCUGGCGCGCACGCUGCACAACAUCGCCUACAUCAUGCCGGGCCUCUAGGCCUCUAGGCCCCGCCGCCACGUAGCCCUACAAGCUGGCGCCGCCGCCCGCGCUGCUGGCGCGCACGCUGCACAACAUCGCCUACAUCAUGCCGGGCCUCUAGGCCUCUAGGCCCCGCCGCCACGUAGCCCUACAAGCUGGCGCCGCCGCCCGCGCUGCUGGCGCGCACGCUGCACGACAUCGCCUACAUCAUGCCGGGCCUCUAGGCCUCUAGGCCCCGCCGCCACGCAGCCCUACAAGCUGGCGCUGCCGCCCGCGCUGCUGGCGCGCACGCUGCACAACAUCGCCUACAUCAUGCCGGGCCUCUAGGCCUCUAGGCCCCGCCGCCACGCAGCCCUACAAGCUGGCGCCGCCGCCCGCGCUGCUGGCGCGCACGCUGCACAACAUCGCCUACAUCAUGCCGGGCCUCUAGGCCUCUAGGCCCCGCCGCCACGCAGCCCUACAAGCUGGCGCCGCCGCCCGCGCUGCUGGCGCGCACGCUGCACAACAUCGCCUACAUCAUGCCGGGCCUCUAGGCCUCUAGGCCCCGCCGCCACGCAACCCUACAAGCUGGCGCCGCCGCCCGCGCUGCUGGCGCGCACGCUGCACAACAUCGCCUACAUCAUGCCGGGCCUCUAGGCCUCUAGGCCCCGCCGCCACGCAGCCCUACAAGCUGGCGCCGCCGCCCGCGCUGCUGGCGCGCACGCUGCACAACAUCGCCUACAUCAUGCCGGGCCUCUAGGCCUCUAGGCCCCGCCGCCACGCAGCCCUACAAGCUGGCGCCGCCGCCCGCGCUGCUGGCGCGCACGCUGCACAACAUCGCCUACAUCAUGCCGGGCCUCUAGGCCUCUAGGCCCCGCCGCCACGCAGCCCUACAAGCUGGCGCCGCCGCCCGCGCUGCUGGCGCGCACGCUGCACAACAUCGCCUACAUCAUGCCGGGCCUCUAGGCCUCUAGGCCCCGCCGCCACGCAGCCCUACAAGCUGGCGCCGCCGCCCGCGCUGUUGGCGCGCACGCUGCACAACAUCGCCUACAUCAUGCCGGGCCUCUAGGCCUCUAGGCCCCGCCGCCACGCAGCCCUACAAGCUGGCGCCGCCGCCCGCGCUGCUGGCGCGCACGCUGCACAACAUCGCCUACAUCAUGCCGGGCCUCUAGGCCUCUAGGCCCCGCCGCCACGCAGCCCUACAAGCUGGCGCCGUCGCCCGCGCUGCUGGCGCGCAUGCUGCACAACAUCGCCUACAUCAUGCCGGGCCUCUAGGCCUCUAGGCCCCGCCGCCACGCAGCCCUACAGCUGGCGCCACCGCCCGCGCUGCUGGCGCGCACGCUGCAAAACAUCGCCUACAUCAUGCCGGGCCUCUAGGCCUCUAGGCCCCGCCGCCACGCAGCCCUACAAGCUGGGCCUAGGUCAAGCCUACUUGAGUAGCCGUUAGACUUCUAUUACCGAAAAGGACAUUGACACAUGCAUGAUUCUUUAGUAAUAAAAAUGUCUAUAACAUA